AUGAGUGCAGAACUGCAGAACCAUUGCUGGACCAAGCGCAUCGAUAUGGGCACUCCGUUUCCCAUCCGUCCACCCCCACCCUACCCCUUAUCCACCCAUCCGCCGCGGGAGCUGGGCCAGGGCAGGUGGGUGAGUGCCCAGGGCCCAGCCCUGCCCAGCAUCUCCACGCCCCCGCCCCAUCCAGAAGCCAUCGGUCUCCUGACUGUCACCAGCAAAGGCUGCAGCUCGCAUUGUGUGGAGGACGCGAGGAAUUCCUUCGGGAGCAAGAAAAACGCGUGCUGCUGCACCAACCUGAGCAAAGCCAGCGGGGCCCACACCCUGCAGCUGGCCGGCGUCACCCUGGCGCUGCUUGCUGCUCUCGGCUGUCGGCCACUCUGGGGCCGGGCCCAGCUGUAGGAUCCAGGAGGACCCUGCUGUGCCCCAUGCCAGGCAGCGGUGUCCAGGGCCCGGGUCACUCCUGACACACCUGGCCCCGUCACAGACCCUCCGAGAACCUCACUCAGGUCGGGUGAUGCCCCCUGCCCUUCCCAGCACUCCGCGGCUCCCUCGAGGACUCCUGCCCAGCUCCCACUGCCCAGCAGGCUGGGCUUCAUGAUGUGAAACAGCCAGCAGAUGGCCCCCAGACCCCUGCCCAAUAUUCCGACCCACCCUUAACCCUUGCUAAAGCAUGUCUUCCUCCAGGAAGCCUUCCCUGCCUGCCCCUCCACAAGCUGAGCCAAGUUCUGCCUGCAGUGUCCUCCACACCCAGCACAGAGCAGGCUCUCAGGAGGGCCCUGCAAAGGCUGAGAGGAAGUGCUCUGAGUAGGCCUAGAGUCAGCAGUGUGAGGUCCUGAGAGCCCCAAGAGAGGAAGCUCGGAGGGCAAGGCUUGUUCAUGGGGGUUGGGGGGCAGCAACGCCAUAAACACAGUAGGCUCUUAAUAAAGCCCGUGGGCUUGGCGGCAGAGAGCCUCUGUCCUUGCUUGCCCCACGCGGAGGUCAGGAGGUCAGGGUCGGGGCCCAGUGUGCGGGUGUAAACAUGGAAACGUGGAGCACGUUUAGAGCUCAUAGAAAGAAA